UUUGCCUACAGUACCUCACCGAUGACUCUAUUAUAAACCAAGAUUGAUCAGUAGAAUAAGCCAAGAACUUACAGGAAGAGAAGAAAAAUGGAUUACAUGACCAUUUUACUGGGUCUAUUCUUCAUCUGGUUUUUGGUUUCGCUUAGAAGAACCAAAAGCUCAAAAAGACUAGCACCAGGUCCAUUCCCUUUGCCUGUAAUAGGAAAUCUUCACUUGCUUGGUGACAAACCCCACAUAUCACUUACCCAACUAGCAAAAAAUCAUGGUCCAAUUAUGAACCUCAAAUUAGGCCAAAUAAACACAGUGGUCAUUUCCUCAUCAGUGUUGGCAAAAGAAGUGAUGCAAAAGCAAGAUUUAGCCUUUUCAAAUAGGUGUGUUCCGGACUCACUACAUGCCUGUAAUCACUCUGAUUUCUCUGUUAUUUUUCAACCUGCCAAUUCUCGUUGGAGAACACUUCGUAAGAUUAUGAACUCUCACAUCUUUUCUAUCAACAAGCUUGAUGCUAGUAAGCAUCUCAGGACUAAAAAGAUUCAGGAGCUGAUUGAUUAUUGUUACAAGAGUGGAGAAAAUGGUGAAGCAGUGGAUAUUGGAAGGGCAGCUUUUAGGACUUCCUUGAAUUUGUUGUCCAACACCAUUUUCUCUAAAGAUUUGACUGAUCCAUUUGCUGAUUCUGCUAAGGAAUUUAAGGAAUUGGUGUGGAAUAUCAUGGUUGAGGCUGGUAAACCCAAUUUGGUGGACUAUUUCCCUUUUCUUAAAAUGAUUGAUCCACAAGGUAUAAGGCGGCGCAUGACGGUUCAUUUUACUAAGGUUCUUGAUCUUAUGAGUGGUUUAAUUGAUGAGCGGCUAAAGGAAAGGGAACUGGAAAACCAUGCAAAUGUUGAUGUGUUAGAUGCCCUUCUCAACAUUAGCCAAGAUAGCCCUGAAGAGAUUGAUAGGAACCACAUCGAGCAAAUGUUUCUGGACUUGUUUGCAGCAGGGACAGAUACUACAUCGAAUACGUUGGAGUGGGCAAUGACAGAACUACUUAAGAAUCCACAUACAUUGGAGAAAGCCCAAGAAGAACUUGCACAAGUAAUUGGAAGAGGCAAACUAGUAGAUGAAGCUGAUGCUGCACAACUACCUUACUUGCGAUGCAUCGUGAAAGAAACCUUACGAAUACACCCGCCGGUUCCUUUCUUAAUUCCCCGCAAAGUGGACGAAGAUACUGAGAUUUUUGGCUAUACUGUUCCAAAAGACUCGCAAGUUCUAGUGAACGUAUGGGCAAUUGGGCGCGACUCUGGUCUAUGGGAAAACCCUUUGGACUUUAAGCCAGAGAGGUUUAGGGAGUUGGAAAUAGAUGUACGAGGCCGGGAUUUUGAGCUAAUUCCAUUUGGUGCUGGUCGAAGAAUUUGCCCUGGAUUGCCUUUGGCUGUCAGAAUGGUUCCAGUAGCAUUGGGUUCAAUGCUAAAUACAUUUAGUUGGAAGCUACAUGGUGGCAUUGCACCUAAAGAUUUGGAUAUGGAGGAAAAAUUUGGUAUUACUUUGGCAAAAGUUCAACCCCUGCUAGCUAUCCCGAUCCCACUGUAGCUAUAGGGAUAGAUUUGAGGAUUUAAGUCAGUAGAUUAGAGCUCGUUUGAGCCGAUU